CUCCUUCGCAGCAGUUACUGCCGCCGCGCUCCCGCCUCCCGCGCCUGCUCCGGGCUCCCGCUGCGGCUGCGGUUCUGGCGGCCAAAUCCCCGCGGCGCUGCAGCUAAGAUCUGGCGCGCCGACCGCCCCGCUCCCCUGCCUCGCUGCUCGCAACCUCAUAAUCCACGCGGCGCGCUGCGGCAGGUUUCCCAGGCGUCCUGAGAAGAGGUGGCCUGAGCCCUGCCGCCAUCGAUGACUCCAGUCGCCGACCUGCUCCAACCCGGCCGCCCUGAGUCUCGUUUCAUCAUCUCGGUUUGGUGUUAAGUCAUGGGGAGGAAGCUGGACCUGUCUGGUCUGACCGAUGAUGAAACAGAGCAUGUUCUCCAGGUGGUCCAGCGAGACUUCAAUCUCCGAAAAAAAGAGGAAGAGCGACUCAGUGAGAUGAAGCAGAAGCUGGAUGAGGAAGGCAGCAAGUGUAGCAUCCUCUCCAAGCACCAGAACUUUGUGGAGCACUGCUGUAUGCGCUGCUGCUCGCCCUUCACCUUCCUCGUCAACACCAAGCGACGCUGUGGGGACUGUAAGUUCAAUGUCUGCAAGAGCUGCUGCUCCUACCAGAAGCACGAGAAGGUGUGGAUCUGCUGUGUGUGCCAGCAGGCGAGGGUUCUAAGGACCCAGUCCCUGGAAUGGUUCUACAGUAAUGUGAAGAGCCGCUUCAAACGCUUUGGAAGCGCCAAGGUCUUGAAGAACCUGUACAGGAAACACCGGCUGGAGAGCGGAGUGUGUUUUGACAUCCUGGGAGGAAGCUUUUUUGAGGCAAACCUGGAGAAUGAAGGCAGUAUUUCAGGCAGUGACUCAACCUUUUACAGGCAGUCAGAAGGACAUAGCAUGAUGGACACACUGGCUGUCGCCCUCCGGGUGGCUGAAGAAGCCAUCGAGGAAGCAAUUUCCAAAGCAGAAGCCUAUGGGGACAGCCUGGACAAGCAGAAUGAGGCCAGUUAUCUGCGGGACCACAAGGAGGAGCUGACUGAGGAGUUGGCCACAACCAUCCUGCAGAAGAUCAUAAGAAAACAGAAGAACAAAAGUGAGCAGCACAUGGAAGAGGAGCCAGAGUGGCCGCAGCCCCAGAGCUGCAGCACGAAGGCUGCUGACGAGGGGACCACAGCCUUUCCAGGAAGCCACCAAGCUUCCACCACCCUCUGGCGGUCUCAAUCUGCGUUCUCACUCAGCAGAGAGGAUGCCCUGCGGACCUCUUCGCUGGAGGCUGCAUCGAGGCAGCCGAAGGACCAGCAGCCAAGGGAGGAGGCGGCGUUGCCCAACUGGAAGAGUGUGGACAGGCUGGAUGAGACAAGUGCUGCCCCAGUUUUGCAGAGCCCUGAUGGAAACUGGAUGGCCCUGAAGGAUGGGGCUCUGCCCCCGACCCGCCUGCUGGUCAAACCUAAGAGCGGCACCUUUCAGGCCCUGGAGGCAGCCUCCAGUGUGGCAUCUGCUUAUGAUGAGAUGGGCUCCGACAGUGAGGAAGACUUUGACUGGAGGGAGGCCUUGAGCACGCUGUGCCCUCAGCCCCAGGGCCUGCCCAGACACCCCCAGCCUCAGCCCAUGCAGGUCCAGGGCUCAGAUCAAGGCCUCUCUGCCGCCUCUGCCUCCUCCGGGCUCUCCCCCAACCCCGAGGCCAUGUGCUCUGAUUCAGAGACCUCCUCCGCAGGCUCUUCCCGUGAAGCUGGGCACCAGGCCAGGCUGUCCUGGUUGCAGAGGAAGGCCCCCAGGAACCCCGUGGCUGAGAAGAUGCGCCUACAGGGAGAGCUAGAUGUGAACUUCAACCCCCAGGCAGCCAGCAGGGAGACAUCAGACAGCAGUGAGCCUGAGGAAGCCCCCCAUGCUGCAGAUCGGCGGGCUAAAAGGUGGAGAAGGGCCCGGGGGGGCUCAGAGGAGCCAAGCAAGGAACUGUCUUCCCCCAACGCCCAUCCUCCAGAGGGGGACACACAUCAGGUGUCGGGUGAUUUAUCAAAGACCGACAUCAGCAGUGAGGCUAGGCACCCCAGGUCCAGCACGGACCCAUCAGAGCAGAAACUGAGAAACAGGCUGUACGAGUUGGCAAUGAAAAUGAGUGAGAAGGAGACUUCUUCUGGGGAGGAACAGGAGUCUGAGCCCAAAACAGAGUCUGAGAACCAGAAGGAAAGUCUGUCUUCUGAAGAGAACAGCCAGAGCGUCCAGGAAGAGCUGAAGAAGAAGUAUUCUGCUGUUUCUCUCUGCAACAUCUCCACAGAAGUCCUGAAAGUCAUCAAUGCCACGGAGGAGUUGAUAGCAGAAUCUGCAGGGCCUUGGGAGUUCCCGCCUGUCCCUCCUGACACAGAGAAGGGGAUGUUUCCUCUUGGGACAGACCAAGUGAGACUGGAUGAGCAGCUGACUUCCCUGGAAGAGAACGUGUACCUGGCGGCAGGCACUGUGUAUGGACUCGAAGGCCAGCUAAGUGAGCUAGAGGAUGCCGCCCGCUGCAUCCACAGUGGCACUGAUGAGACUGAACUGGCAGAUCUGGAGGACCAAGUGGCCACGGCAGCUGCCCAGGUCCACCACGCUGAGAUCCAGAUUUCUGAUAUUGAGAGCAGGAUUUCAGCACUGACCAUUGCAGGAUUAAACAUAGCACCCUGCGGGCGCCUCACAAGAAAACGAGAUCAGAAGCAAAGGAACCAGGUACAAACCAUAGACACGUCAAGGCAGCAGAGGAGGAAACUGCCUGCUCCACCUGUGAAAGCUGAAAAAACAGAGGCGUCUUCAACGACAACCAUUAAAACAUUUAACCGCAACUUCAUUCUCCAAGACUCCUCAACAAAUAGAACUAAAGAAAGGAAAAGCACCACCAAGGAAUUGAUGGAGCCCUCCCUGGAGUCUGCUGUAAUGUAUUAGCACCAUGGAACUCCACUGCCAGUGACCCACUGCCUCCGGCCAUACACGACAGUGCCUUGACCCAACAGCCAUUGAAUACUGUACCGAUUUCCACCUGAGGAGAGGGCCUGGGGAGGCCACAGUGCACCCCUGAACAGGGCUGUCCUGAUACCUCAACUGGAAAGCAGACCCAGACUUCAGCAUCAAGGUCUUGCCUACUCUCUGCCUUAGGCUCCCAGGGGAAUCCAAGACAGAAAACCAAGAUGCUGGCUUUCAAUAGCAGAGCUCCAUGUUCAAAAGAUGCAUCUUUUCCCUGUUUGCCUUGCUACUGUGUAUUGUCUUUAAAACCUUUUUUUUUUUUUUGAUCCCUUUGAUUUGACUAGAAUUACAUGUCAACCAUUUGUCCCCCCAAAUAUUGUUGGGGUCAGAGGAUAGUGGAGGGAAGGGUAUUAACAUUUAACUCAUCAAGUCCUACUCAUCUCUCACAAGCAUCUUUAUCCCACAAAUGCUAAGGAGAAAAGUGAAAUGCCCCUGUAGUGAGCACUAUGGGCUGUCUAAAUUGUGGAGCACUCAACUGUCAAGGUCUCCUUCCAGCUGCCUCCUAGUCCACUGCACCCCCAGUUCCUCCCACUGCUUUGCAAUCCCAAGCCACAGGACAGAAAGCUCUGACUCACCCAUGCCAUGCCCAGGUCUAUCUGAAACAGUAUCUCAUCAAGAAUUCAGGGUUCUUCCUUGGACUCACAGAGAGCUACCCUGCUCUGAAAGGGAGAAGGGCUUGAAAAAGCCUACCAUUGGUUUAACUUUAGGGCACUGUCCAGAAUCAACAUAUGGUUUAGCAAUGACUGUGUCUAAAUGAGGUUUAGGUAACUGGAUAAUUGCAGAAUACAUCCACCUGAGGAAAUGUUGUCCUCCAUAAUUUAUUUCCCAAUAUAAUUAUUCAGCAAAAGUAGUAAGAUGACCUUAAAGAUAAAAAUGGUUAACGAAUAGCCUAAGAAAACUUGUAGAUAUGAAUAAAGCAAAGACAAACUGUGAAUUCAACAGAUGCGAGAGUUGCCACUAACUCCACGUGUGUGGUCUCAGAUGCAUGACUAGUAAAAUGUGUUUAUAAAAGCACAUGAAACUGGAAUUUCAUUAAGUUAAUUAAGCAAUAGCAACCUUUUUAAAAAUUUUGCUCCUGAUAUAGUCUGAACCUGAAGAAGGAAAAAAAAUGGGAGUCAAGGGAAUAAAAUGACUGAUAUGUAUUAAGCAACUGCUCUGAAGGAGGCAAUAUUCUCAUUCUAAUCCUUAUAGCAACCCUAUUCAGUAGGUAUCCUCAUUUCAGAUUUGGAGACUGAGGGCCAGAGUGAUUAAUUUGCCAAAGUCAGACCUUUAAGCUAAGUAGAAUUUGAAUGUCUGACAAAAGCUUCAUUCUGUGUUGUUUUCUACUUCAAUGUUCUUUUGCUGCUAUGCACAUUUCCAGACCUGACUUGCUGCUGAAAUGUGUGUUAUGAUUCAUUCCUGAUGGGGGUCUACCUAUCUUCCAGUAAUAUUCCUUGCUGAUGUUGUAUAUGUGUUAUCCACAGAAAUGACUCCUUUGAAAUAAAGUAAAUUUUUGGCUUUUUGUUCUGUUGGUGUGAUUAAAAGCAAACAAGUACAAAUUUUAAAAACACAACAAAAAAGAUCUGAGUUCCAAAUAGAGCGUUUUCUUUAAGAGGCAUGAAAAGCAACUAUUGUUGUGUUACAGUGUUAAAAUAUUCAGUUUUCUUCGACAAAAAAAUGUGUACUGUGUAAGCCUUGCAAAAAAAUGAAAACAAAACAAAAAGAAGAGGUCUGCUCUAUGGCAUUUGAAUUUUUAUAAAGGUUUCCUUGUGCCAAAUAAGUGCAAAGAUUUAAUUUACUAUUAAAAUCCAUAAGCAUAUGUUAUAGUUCCAGAAGAAUUAUUUUGUCAUCAAGUGAUUUUGAUCUUCAGUGUCAAUAUUUAUAUUUAGAUUAAUUUUUAUAAAUGAAAAUAUUUUAAUGGUUUAAGAAAACGAGGCCAAUAGGACCAUAUCUUUGAUGACUUCUGAAAGUAUGCUUGCCUUCAUGUUAUAUGCACAUUACCAAGAAUUACUGUCAAGAGAAAUGAUGAAGUAAAAGUCAUUUAUGAAAAUAA